UCUCGCUGUCUGUGAAGGAAGAAGGAAGAGCAAUGGCGACGCUGUACCGCCGCGCGCUCACACUGCACACAGGAGCCACAGCACUCAUUAUUUUUACUCUGAUACUGCUGGGAAGAAGCUCUUGAAGGGUUCAGAGGCGAUCAAACUCAGUAAAGCAGAUAUGCUUUUGCAUGGUCACGUCCCAACCCAUGAGGAUAUCAAACCCGUCGCUUGCGAUGCCUGCAACAAAGUCGUUGAGCCUCAGGACGUCCUGACUCAUUACAGUAGUUGGGGAAUAGUUGAACAGUGAGUAGAGAGGAGCGCGUCCACCUCGAGCCCUCCAGAGCCAUGCAUAGCAAGAACCAAAGGAGACACUGUUCGCCCAGCAGCUCCAGGACCCCUCUGGUUCCUGUCAAGGCCAAGAUGUCGGUGGGCCAGAGCGAGGUGGAGCCCCUUCCCUUCAGGGUUCCUCGUGAUUACCCACACUCACGCUUCAGCAAGGCACCGCUGGCCGUCUAUCCACCCAAAGGAGCCCGAGCCAAGGCCUGCGUGUCUUUGCCUGUGGUGAGUCUGGAGAAGAUGCCGUGUUUCAGCCGGAAAGAGGGAGCGCACAUCAAAGUCCCCUCCACGUCUCCCACGGCGGGGUCUUCUCUUUCUUUCUCUUCCUCGUCUUCCUCUCCAUCUUCCGCUCCUCUCAAGUCCUCCUUGACGUCACCAGCAUCUCACAAGAAUCAGGAGAAGUUUGUGAACGGUCGCGGUCCUGUGACGCCUCGCUCCACCACGCCCCCCUCGCUGAUUGACAGGCGGCCCAGCCCAUCACGGUCGCCCUUGGAGAAGCGGCCCGCCCCCUCAGCCUCUCCACAGGACAGGAGACCCACUGCCUCCACCUCUCCGUCUCCUUCCCUGUCGGACCGCAGACCAAUAGUCCCUCCUUCUCCCCCAGACAAGAAGCAUCAGAACGGAGCCAAAGGCGUGCGGCAUCGAAGAGUGUCGGGGAGAGUGUUUGAUCCGAAUAAACACUGUGGGGUUUUGGACCCAGAGACAAAGCGGCCUUGCACUCGAUCUUUAACCUGUAAGACUCACUCUCUAACCCAUCGGCGAGCCGUCCUGGGACGGAGGAAAGAUUUCAACAUCCUUCUAGCGGAGCAUAAGGGGCGGGCGAAGGAGACUGGGCAAAAAAAGGAAGCUCAAGCAGGCAGCCAAUCAGUGCAGGUCACACAGUCACAUGAUGCAGCAACCAGCCUAUCCACAAGCUACACUAAUGCCAAGACCACGCCCACUCUCAAACUGCAGCUGGCCAAUUCACACUUACACAGAGUGUCUGGCGGCGGUGCAAUGGUGUUCAGCUCUGCGCCCGUUCCUCCUCCUGAACCUACGCCCGGCUGGCAGCGAUGCAGUCAGUCCAGCGAUGAAGGAGAAACUGACCCCCCUGAGGAGUCCGAGAAGCUGCUGUGCCCCUCUUCUCCACAGCAUCCGCGACCCCUGAGCUGUUGUGCGUUCAGCAGUCGCUUGAUGGGACGGGGUCACUAUGUUUUCGACCGGCGGUGGGACCGGGUUCGGCUAGCGCUCCACUGCAUGGUGGAAAAACACGUCAACUCUCUCAUGUGGAGGAAAGUGCCUCUAGCGGUGGAGAGUGUGACAAGCCCGACUGAGGUUUCUCCCCUCGGCUCUCCGUUCGUCUCCAACCAUGCACUCGCAUCUCCUCUGGACGGCGUCUCCAUGGUCUCGUACUCCACCUCUUUCUCUCAUAACGGCUCUGGGGUUUUCUGCAUCCGGGAUCCCGGACCCAGACCACAGCGGAAUAAACCGGCCAAGCCGCCCAAAGCCUCAGGGGAUGGAACAGGAUCUAAAAAGCGGAAAGCGCCUCCUGCCUCCGAGUCACGAAAGAGUGGGAGCAGCGGGAACAGCUACCAUCUGCCACUGGGUGCGGCGCACAUCAGUAAUGGGACGGCGGCCCUUAGCGCGCGGGCCAAGCAGCGGCCGGGGGGCCAGGGGCCGAGGGACCAAGACAGGUACGGGAGCGUGGAGCUGUCCCUCCCGCAGGCGCUCACUGGGGAUCACGGGGACGUCUCGUCCCACAGCCCGCUGCCCUACGGAUCCUCUGAUGGGAGGAAGAGGAAGAGCUCUGGAUCGAGCGCC